GUAAGUUAUAUUAUUUUUAUUAUAUCACUAUAUGUUAUAUUAAAACACUUUUAAGUACGUGUAAUUGAAUUCUGUUAAGGCUUUUAUAAACAAUAGCAUGUUUUUUGUAAAACUGUUAUCCUGAAAAAUAGGAAAAGUACUAUCCAUAAUGAAAAACCGAAAAAAACAUAAAUUUAUUGUUCACUUUUGGAGUAAUAAAUGUCACAUCACACCAUAAAGUGAUCAAUCGCAACAAUACAUAAAUAAGCCGAAAGUGGCUAUGAAUGGGAAAGACAAUAACUAAUCAACCGUCAACAAACUAGCAAUAAUAAACCCUAUGAGAGUAGUUUAUGAGUUUAUUUAAAUCUUAUUAAGAAUGGAACGCAUACACAUAGCGUAGUGAACAAGAGCACGAUUGGGGACAAUCAGAUGUAUCUGACACGAAAUUACGGAGCAUCUCACUUAAAUCUGAGAGACAAAUAGUGAAUACAUAAUUUGAAAAACAUCAUUUCAUUGUCUCAAACUUGACUGUUACUUUUGUGAAUAUCAAUCCAUUAUCUCAGAUCUCAUUGUUCGUGUAUUUUCAUACCAAUUGCGUUCUGUUCCGUUCCCAUUCUUUCCUUCCCGAUCUCCUACUGAAAUACAUUCUAUGCCUGACCACCGUUAUAUACUCCUUAUAUGGAUAUAAGUAGUUCACACCAAAAUAGUAACCUGAUUAUCACUAAUUAUACAAAAAAUUACAAUUAAUAAUGAUUUGAAAAAAGUUCCAUAUUUUACAAUAUUCAUUUCAUUAUUAUAUACCUUGUAAAAAGUAAACAUUCAAUCUACCAAGUAUUUAAUAUCUUCAUUUUAUAUUAGUUUACUGAGAGUAUGCAACCACUUAGACCAUAUGAAAGAAUGGAUAAACUUCGUCAAUUUCUUGAUCAUGAUCGUCAUGUGUUGAGAUUUUUCUGUUUUUGGGAUGAUACAGAAUCACUUUAUGGUGAUCCUAGAGAAAUGAUAUUAAAUUAUUUUCUAGCCGAUGAUACAAUUGAAAUACGUGAAAUUAUACCAGCUAAUUCAGGUCGUGAUGCUGUACCAUGCUUUUUACGUCGUCAAAAACUACCACGUACAAUUGCAUCAAUACCGUUGCCGGGUGUAGUAACUGACAGAACACUACUAAAUGUGUUCGGUCAUCCACAAAGAGGUGGACAUUAUAUACUUGAUAGUCUAAAGCUUGGUGCACCUAAAGAUGACUUUUACAAAGAUCAUGAUUUAACAAUCGGUACAAAUAUUAAUGUUUACGGUAGAAAGUUUUUAAUAUGCGACUGUGAUGAAUUUACCAAAGAGUAUUACCGUAUCAAGUAUGGCAUACAAGAUUUCACCCCAGUUAAACCUAGGCUUCAAGAUCAUAUCACCACUGUGAAACGUGAAAUUCCACCAUAUAACGGCUGGGGUACUGAUGAAGAUUCACUAGCUAAUUGUUAUAGUUUAAUACCAAAAGCACCAAAUCAUAAUUUUAAAAAAUUCAUGGAAUUAGACCGUCAAGGUUUAGAAUCUCAUGUUUUACGUUUUGCUGGACGUUUAUUGUCUGACCGACCGAUAGAUCGUGAUCGUCAGUUUGUGAUUAGUUGCUACUUGUCAGAUGAUACAAUUUCAAUUUUUGAACCCCAACAAAAGAAUUCAGGUUUCCAAGGUGGUUUAUUCUUAGAACGAUCAAAAAUAAAAAAACCCGACAGUAAAUUAUUUGAUAAUAAACCAAUAGAAUAUUACAAACCAACAGAUUUAUAUGUUGGUGCUAAACUGGAUUUUAAUACAUUUCUAUUUGAAUUAACUGAAGCCGAUGAUUAUACAUUAGAUUACAUGGAGAAACAUAAAACACAAUUUAAACAAGCUGACUAUCAAUUAAUAUUGAAUAAAUUAAUAACAAUACUAAACAAUGAACAAUGUGAUGAAAUUAUCAAGUAUGCUGUAAAUCAAGAUCCAGAUGAUACGGGGACAUUUGGCUUUGAUCAAAUGAUAAAUUUAAUUAAUCAGUUGACUGGUAAAGAGAAUGCGUUAACAACCCAUGAACUUGGUACAUUGGCAAGACAUUAUGGUGUUAGACCAUCCAAGCAAAUAAAUCUUGAAAUUUUGCUUGGGAUUGCACAACAAACACUUCGUAGAAAAGCAUUUGAAGAUUUUUCCAGUUUAAUGAUUGCCUGUCGCCAACAUGAUGCCGAUAAAACAGGUGAAAUGGACUGUCAUGCAAUAAGACGCAUAUGUUUAGCGCAUCACCUACCAUUACCUGAUGACAUGUUGAAUUCACUUAUGAACUGUUUAGUCAAUCAGAAUAAUUUAAUACAAUAUGAACAAUUUAUUAAUCAAUUGAAUUGGAAAAAUUAUGAAAUUAAAGAAUUAUCUAUUCAACCAUCAUUGGAUUAUAUUGGAAAUAUGAAUAUUGAUUGGUUACCAAUAAGUAAAGGUGAUAUGCCAAAAUCAAUUAAUUUAAGUAAAAAAUCAAAAAUCGAUAAAAUCAAUUAUAAACAAUUGAUUAAUGAUUUAUUUAUGAAAGAUUUAUUUCAUUCAUCAAUUGAUUAAUUAAUUAGUUUAAUAAAAUAAUUAAUUAUUA